CUUAUUCAUCAUUUUCUUCACCCCGAUCACAAUUCUGUCAAUACCAAACAUGUCAGGAAUCCUAGAAAAACUCCACAUGGGAGGCCACAAGGAAGGAGAGAAACAUGACGAUAAACACAAGGAAGAAAAACACCAUGACGAUAAGCACGACAAAAAAGAGGAUGGGCAUAGUGGAGAGCACAAAGAAGGGAUUGUUGAGAAGAUAAAGGAGAAGAUCCAUGGAGAUGAAAGUGGAGAGCACAAUCACAAGGAUGGAGAGGAGAAGAAGAAGAAGAAAAAGAAGAAGGAUAAGAAGGAAAAGAAGCAUGAUGGACAUGAUAGCAGCAGCAGCAGCGACAGUGAUUAGAUCUCAUUCCUAUGUUACUUUAUUUUAUGGAUCUAUAUGUCUAUCUAUGUAUCAGUUCUCUCCCUUGUUUAAUUUCCUCCUAUGUUUUAAUAACUGUUAUGGAAUUUGAUUCUGUGAAUCCAUCGUUUGUUGUUUAACUGAAUCAAUCUAUGGAGAAAUAAUGGCUUGACUUCUUA